CACACAACAAACAACAGCGUCUCUCCCCGCCCACACCACCAAACUGUAGUGCAUUCGCCGAACAUACAUCUCAGUCCGAAUUAUUACGACUUAAAUACAUAUAUAGUAAUGUCUUUGAAUGUAUUAAAAGCCUGAAUAUUUUGUUUGUUUUAUACAUGGACGUGUUUUAGUCAAAUAAUCGCGCGCGGGAUUUACAGAGGAAGAGGAGUGCACAGCUAACACUGCUAGCCGCUUUAUUCAUAUAUUAUUUUCCUCAUCUAAGAGGCGGGGAAUCCAAAACUGUCACAAAAAAAAAUCGAGACUUUUGGAUGCAUUCAAUUAACGACAGCGUUUCAUUUCGUAGUCGCCUUAUCUCAGGACUUCUAUUUUCUGAAGACGACAGCAAGAAGCUAUCGAGGAAUUACAUGGAUUAUCUGUGCUUCAGGACGUUGUGCUGUAAAGGACCUCCCCCUCCCAGACCAGAAUAUGACGUGGUUUGUAUCGGCCUGACGGGUUCUGGGAAGACCAGCCUGCUCUCCAGACUUUGCAGUGAGGCAACAGACAACAUCGUCCCUACCACAGGUUUUAGCAUUAAAGCUGUCCCGUUCCAGAAUGCCAUUUUAAAUGUCAAGGAGCUCGGAGGAGCAGAUUCAAUUAAAAAGUACUGGAGCCGGUACUACCAGGGCUCUCAAGGGGUGGUGUUUGUUUUGGACAGUGCUUCGUCGGAGGAGGACUUGGAGGUGGCGCGUACGGAGCUCCACUCUGCCCUGCAGCAUCCGCAGCUCUGCACGCUUCCCUUCCUCAUUCUGGCCAACCAGCAGGACAAACCUGCUGCCCGCUCUGUACAAGAGAUAAAGAAAUACUUUGAGCUGGAACCUCUGGCACGAGGCAAGAGCUGGAUUUUGGAGGGGAGCACAGUGGACAACAUGGACGCGGUGAAGGAGAUCUUCAGUCAGCUCAUUCAUCUGCUCGAAGAGAAGGACCAUGAGAUAGGCAGGAUAUGACCCGGGAACGAUAGGCAACAUCCCAACAUCCCACAGACACUACCGAAUGCCAACUCACCACAGGCCAGCACAUCCCAGUUCAGCCUGGCCAUCGUGUUAACUACAUUGUUACUUUAACUCUGCUACUGUGGUGAAACAAAUUGAGCCAUGGGAAAAAUGGACUAUGGUAAAUCCUCAUGUGAGGAUGCAUAUCUGCAGAAAAAGAAGGUACCUCAGCUCUUAAGUUUGAUACCUUCUCUCAAACCACACGUAUUAACCCAGAACAAGCGUUCGACUCACGAUUACCAUUCUCAGUUAAAUGGUUGUAUCUGUCCUUUUUAAUUCCGACCUAGUUGCACAUUGCUACUAAAUAGAUAAUGUAGUCAUAUGCUUGGUCAUGUAGGGCAACCGGAAGUCUUGUAGUCUCUAGUUUGUUUUCUUAGCACAGCGUGCAAGUGAUUGCGUGAAUGUGUGUUUGCGAGAGAGAUAUGUCAGUUUGUACUUAAAAGCCUUAAAAGUGAGUGCUAAUGUGUUUUUAAAACAAACAUUUCAUUGUGUUCUCACAAACGACAGUCUUUAUAUGUAAUUCAAAUAAGCCGUCUUAAAUAUUUGUGGCUGUGAAGUGAAAAAGAAGAGUGAUUCCUCAGUCGUGAAUAUAUAAAUAUUCUAUAAUAUCUCUAAACUGCACGGAGCCGCACUUGAUGUACCAUUGGAGCUUUAGAGUGACUAUAAAUGCACAUCUUUAAUUUGGGAUCAUUGAGGACACUGAUGUUUUCAUAACU